AGGAAUUGAAAGUUCAGUGGCAGAAAGCGUUGACUGAUGUAGCGAAUAUGGGAGGAUAUGAUUCUCAAAACUGGUAAUGUUUAUGUAUAUUGAAUAUCGUUCUGGCCUCACUUUGAUAUUAACUGUUUAAUGUUUUUUCAUUGAUCUUUCUUCUCGACAGGGAAAGCGACGCUACAAUGAUUGAAGACAUCACCAAUGAUGUUUUCCGUAAACUACUUUCAACUACAUCGAAGGAGUGUGAGGAUCUUGUUGGCAUUGAAGAUCAUAUCGCAGAGAUAAGUACAUUGUUACGUUUGGAGUCUGAGGAAGUCAGGAUGCUUGGUAUAUGGGGUUCCUCUGGAAUUGGCAAGACUACCAUCGCAAGAGCUCUGCUGAACCGAUUUUCUUCAAGGUUUCAACGAAGCAUCUUUAUAGACAUGGCUUUCGUAUCUAAGAGUAAGAACUUGUAUCCUAGUGCAAAUGCGGACGACUACAACCUGAAGUCGCAUUUACGGAAAGAAUUUCUAUCUGAGAUUUUGGGCGAAAAGGACACUAAGAAAGAGCAUGUGGGUGCACUGGAAGAGAGGCUAAAACACCGAAAAGUUCUUAUCAUUAUUGAUGAUUUGGAUGAUCCAAUGGUGCUAGAUGCCUUGGUUAGUCAAAAUCAUAGGUUUGGACGUGGGAGCACAAUCAUCAUGGUCACAAAAGAUAAGCAUCUCUUAAGGGCACGCAAGGUUGAUUGUAUUUACGAGGUUGUUCUCCCAUCUAAAGACCUUUCUCUUAAGAUGUUAUGUCGAUAUGCUUUCAGUAAAGAUUCUCCACCUGAUGGUUUGAUGGAACUUGCUUCUGAAGUUGCACUGCUUGCCGGUAAUCUUCCUCUGGGUCUUAAAGUUUCAGGUUCACAUUUACAAGGUAGGAAUAAAGAGGACUGUAUUGAUAUGUUACUGAGGCUCCGAAGUGGCUUGGAUGGACGAAUUGGGAAAACAAUGAGAGUCAGCUACGAUGGGUUAAAUAACAGAAAAGAUAAAGCAAUAUUUCGUCAUAUUGCAUGCUUUUUCAACGGUGCACAUAUCAAUGACAUCAAAGAGCUUCUAGCAAAUAGUGACUUCGAUAUCAAUAUCGGGCUAGUCAACCUCAUCGAUAAGUCCCUGAUACAGGUAAGAUCGGGUAAUGUAGAGAUGCACUGUUUGCUACAAGAAAUGGGUAAGGAAAUUGUCCGCGCAGAGUCCAAUGAUCCUGGAGAACGAGAAUUCCUUGUGGAUUCAAAAGACAUUUGCUAUGUGCUUAGUAAUGCCACUGGUACGAGGAAGAUUUUAGGUAUAUCACUUGAUACCGAUGAGAUUGAUGAGUUGAAUGUAUACGAGAAAGCCUUUGAAAGUUUGCAUAAUCUCGUUUUUCUAAACAUUUACACGAAGAAAAGGAUGAUGGAGGAAGAAGAGAGAUUGCAUUUACCAGAAGGCUUCAACUAUUUUUCCCCCAAACUCAGAUUAUUGUUGAAGUGA